AUCCAAUACAAAUCAAUGUCCAAACCAUUUCAUUCUUCACUUGCAAACGGAGUCAACUCGACGAGGACUUGUUGCAUCAGAUCAGAGCCUUCCGAGGAAGAGCUGAGAGCUCUUAAAAAAAGGGCUGGCUUCCGCAAGAAAUACAUAGCAGCAGAAAAUCGAGAAGAAAGAAAUUCGUCAAAAUCACCAUCAGCCCUAAAAACAGAAACUGAGUUGUGUGUGAAAGCCUUGAAAGAGACACUUCGGUUGGGGGUGGCUAUGGAAUUCCUCCUGGAGACUACCAAGAUGGCAUGGACUCAAUACAACUACUCUAGAAGCCUCGAAGAGAAUCUUGAUGUUCUGAAAGCCAAAAUGCAAGAGUUGAGUAGCCGAGAGGCCGAUGUAAAGAUUGAACUGAACAAGAUGGACGAAAUGCGUGGAAAGAAGCUAAAGCAAGAGGUGAGCUUAUGGUUGGAAAAUGUGGAAAAGAUUACAAGUGAAGUGACGAAGAUAGAAGAGGACACUGGAGAAGUAGCGAGAUAUUUCUCACUCUCACGUGUAGCAUUGGGAAAGCUUGUAGUAAAGAAGAUUGACGACGUGGUGAAGCUUAGGGAGACAGGUCGAUUUUCAGAAGGGUUAUUUACUGAUCUAUUAUGUGAAAGUGGAAGUAUGCCCGCAACGAAACUCGUGGGUAAAAUGACAGCUGAAAGAAAUUUGGAACAGAUUUGGGAGUUGUUGAUGGAUCACAACGUUAGCACUAUUGGUGUCUUUGGCAUGGGGGGAGUAGGUAAGACGACCAUCAUGACACAUGUGUACAAUAAAGUAACAAGCUCCGGAAUAUUUGGCAUUGCCAUUUGGGUGACUGUUUCUAAUGAUUUUAGUAUUGGGAGACUACAAAAUAGUAUUGCACGAGCAAUAGGAUUGGAACUUUAUGAUGAAGAGGAUGAAAUGAGAAGGUCAAUGAAAUUAUCUGAUGCUUUGGAGUAUAAGAAGAAGUUUAUUAUCAUCUUAGAUGAUAUGUGGAAAGCAUUUCCAUUGGUAAAGGUAGGGAUUCCAGAGGGCAAUGCAUAUAAAGUAGUAUUGACUACACGAUCAAAAAAUGUGUGUCGAGCCAUGAAGUGCCAAGAAAAGAUUAAAGUGGAGGUUCUUUCGAGAGAAGAAGAGUGGGAAUUGUUCAAGGAAAGGUUUGGAGCUGACGUGGUGCUUUCUGGAGAAAUAGAAACGAUUGCGAAGCUUGUAACUGAAGAAUGUGGUGGUUUGCCACUUGGAAUCAUCACGGUAGCAAGUGCAAUGAGAGAAAAGGAUGAUGUCAGAGAAUGGAGAAAUGCAUUACAGGAGUUAAAAUGCUCAACAAUGGAGAUUGAAGGCAUGGAUGAUCAAGUUUUUCCAAUUUUGAAAUUUAGUUAUGAUAGACUAAAAUCUGAGAGGAUUCAAGCUUGUUUCUUGUGUUGUGCUUUGUUUCCAGAGGACCAUGCAUUCUUUGAUGAAGAGUUGAUUGAGUACUGGAGAGCAGAAGGAUUGAUGGAUGAUAUGGGAGACUGGGAAAAGGAGCUCGACAAAGGCCAGACAAUAUUGAAUCAACUAAUAGAUGUGUGUAUGUUGGUAAGGAGGUUCGAUCAUCGUGUAGUAAUGCAUGAUUUAAUCAGAGAUUUGGCCAUCGGUAUUACAAGGAAGAGCCCUCGGUUUGUGGUGAAGGCCGGGACUAGGAUAAGGGGAUCAAUUGGUGGAGAAGAAUUUACUGAAGAUGUUGACAAAAUCUCAUUGAUGAGAAAUGAAAUUGAAAUGCUUUCAGGUGAACCCAACUGCCCAAAACUCUCCACAUUGCUGUUGCAACAUAACCCUCUCUCAGGCAACAUUUCUCAUUCGUUCUUCAAUCGCAUGAACAGCCUAAGAGUUCUCAACCUCUCUGACACUUGCAUUGAGUAUCUUCCAGUAUCAGUUUCAAACUUGGAGAACUUGUGCAUACUCUUAUUAAAUAAUUGUAAGAGGUUAAGGGAGGUACCGUCCCUAGCAAAGCUCAAGCGUCUAAGGCUUUUGAACCUCUCUUAUACUGCCAUCAAAGAACUGCCACAUGGGAUGGAAUGUUUGGUUAAUCUCAAGGAGCUUUAUGUUCUGUCUGAAGAGAGGUUUGGUUUCGAUUGGUAUGUCAGCUCUGGGCAUUGGAAUUGCUUGAAACGCUUCCGCAUUGUUUCAAAAUCCCAUAAUUUCACCUUCGAAGCAGAGAGGAUGGAUGCUAUUGGUUGUAAUAUUAUUGGGAAAGAGAGCUCCUUUGUGCUUCCCGAUAGUAUUGUCGGUUUGGUUAUGGAUAAAUGUCAGCUGUCAAGCUUACCCUGCCUGUCUUGCCUGCGACACUUACGAAAAUGUAAAAUCUCGUCCUGUAGCAUGAAGUGGUUGUUGCCGAUAGGAGACAACCCCACCAUAACGUCUUUGCCGUUAAUGCAGUCUCUCUGUCUAAAAGAGCUUCAGAGUUUUAGGGGUAUUACUGAGGGAGUCUUGCUGCCUGGCUCGUUCGCAUGCCUCAAGCUCCUGAUUGUCUACAGAUGCCACGUAUUGGUGAAUCUCCUGUCACUUGAAUUGUUUCAGCACCUCCAAUGCCUCGAACAAAUCGAUAUUGAAGAAUGCAGUGAGAUGGAGGAGGUGAUACAAGGAGAAGGUAUGGUUGAAGAAGGUGAUAACAAUAACAAUAACAAUGCCAUCCUACUCCCAAACUUGAGGGAGUUGUAUUUGAUGCAUUUAGGGAAACUGAAAAGCAUUUGUAAGCGGGUAAUCAUUUGCCCUUCCCUGAAUAAGAUUUCUAUAGCUGAUUGUGGUCAGCUGAAGAAGUUCCCUCUUUCCUUGGGUAGCUCAACACCUGUUGUAAGAGGAAAGAUCGAAGGAAGCAAAGAAUGGUGGAAUGCAUUGGAGUGGGAAGAUCCCAACACCAAAACACUCCUCCAACCUCUUUUUCAAGAACACGAAGAAGAAGAUGGACGUGGAAUGAGAAGAGAAGGGCGUGGAAUGAAAAGAAAAGCAGAAGAAGUAGAACAGAUUGCUUCGACAUCACGGCAACAAGAAUCUCCUUAUUAGUAUUGAGUUUGGCUUUGUAUGAUUUUUCAUUCAUCUCUUUUGUCUAUAUGAUUUUUCAUUGAUCUCUUUUGUCUUUUAUAUUUCAAACAAGUACUCUGUUGAGAAAUGUAAUGUUAGUGAGAACAGCUACUGUCCCUUUUCUUCUCUCUCCCUCA